AUGCCGUUCCUCACGCCCAAGAAUACAGUGAGCGCGGCCCCGGCCUUUGUAUGGGAUGCCUUCCCUGCACCGCCCCCGGAGGCUGAGACGUGGCAACCGGAUGCAGACAGCAUCGCUAGGCCUGGACGUCUUCCGGACCCGCGCUUCAAUCGCGAUCCGGAACACGACCGCCGCAGUAAAUCGUUCCGACGGGAAGCGAAGAUGCUUGCCACAACCCAGCUUGGUGCCUCAUCUUCAUCCGUGAACGGAAGCUCUCUGGGCCGUGGAAUCGGCCAGUGGCCAGCUCCAGCUGCACGCAGCACCGGCUUCCCUCGAGACGUGAUCCAAAGUGCUAGUCCCGCUUCACCUCCAGCGAACGCUGUCAAAGAACAUGUUCAGACCUCUAGGCCCAAGCUGUCCGCGAUCAAGCCAGCCACACGUGUCGCGGGUCCUCCUAAGGGAACGAUGGAGUCAAUGUUCGUAUCACACUCUCGCCGUCCAGAGAACCCAGUAAAACCGAAGGCCUCCACAAGUUCAGCAUCACCCACCCAGAGCCAACCGCCAGAUUGGGCUGUCGCUAUUGAGAAAGCCAUGCAAGAAGGCGCUGGACAGGAUACGUUGACUGCUAGUACAAAGAGCCCUCGCCCUGAGAGCAUCCGCAAGAAGUCGAUACCUCCUCAUUUGAGGACCAAGACCGACGACCUCGUCCAAGCUCACAAACAACUCAGCUCGCUAGACCUGAACCCGAACGCGAAAGUGUUCGAGGCGCCAGUCAAGGUAGUUGACGAACAGGUCAACGCCAAGAGCGAGGCUUUGGCCUGGAAGGUGGCUAUGUCAGAAACCGGUAUCGAUCAUGUUGAAGAAGGCUUGCGCGUGCAACAAGAUUUGCUCAACGCAUGCAUUGCUAAGAAGUCUACCACGCCUAGUAUCCAACCCACGACUGUCGCUACCACCAACACCACCAACCGCGCUCCUCUCGACCACGAAGCCAAGAAGAAUAUCAUGCUCAUACGCGCAAUGGAGCAUGAGAUGGAUCUUGAGAAGGUGGCACCUGAGCGCGAGCUCAUGGUUAUGCAGCGCGCCGAGCUUGACAGAUACUUUGUCAAGGUCUGCUCUGCUCACCAGCAAUGGUGGGAGGCUAUGGGAUCGGCAUGA